CUUGGCUUCUCUGGAUGAGGAUUCCUGCCUUGUGACCCUGGCAGUCUCGACAAAGCAUCAUCCAGUUCCUGCAGUCUAGACGCUGGACCUCCCUUCCCCAGCAUCAUCCCCAUCCAGCUUGGACACAUUGAAGGAGCCGUUUUCUAGUUGCCUCUGCUCGCUCACCACGCGGAAUCUGCAAGCAGCGCGCCCACGAGUUUCUGCACCCAGCUGGACUUUCACAAUCAGAUAUGGCGGAGAAGGUGUCAGCAUCGAAAGCCACCAAUUCGUGGUAUUCUCAUCCUGUAUAUUCAAGGUACUGGCAACAUUAUCAUCAAGCCAUGGCUUGGAUGCGAAGCCACCAGAAUGCCUACAGGAAGGCAGUAGAGUCCUAUUUCAGUUCCCUGUGUUACUUUGCUCCUGGGCUUCAGCCCCAAAGCGCAUAUGACGGUGAGGCUGGGUACCCUCAGCUCUCCUCUGACCGUCCAAUGGUCUCAGAGGACUUCCACUGCACAUACUCACCUUGUGAAAGGUAUGGGCGGCUUCCACAUGACAGCGGUAGGAUGCAGGUGUCCAUAAGAAAAGACCAGACUGUGUCCGAGGAGGAGGAGGAGGAGGGGGAGGACGACGAGGAGGAGGAGCUGGAGUCUGAGUCGGAUGGGGAGGUGGAAUGCGACGUGAGCAACAUGGAGAUCACCGAGGAGCUGCGCCAGUACUUCGCGACGACUGAGAAGCACAGAGAAGAGCGACGGCGGCAGCAGCAGCUGGACGCGGCACGCCUGGAGGACUAUGUGAACGCCGACCAUGACCUCUACUACAACACCCACCGAUCGGUAGAGCCUCCGAUCGAGAGGCCAGGCGCGCGGCGCCAGGCCGAGAUGAAGCUCCUCUACGGGGAGAGUGCCGCCAAGAUCCAAGCCAUGGAGGCUGCCAUGCAGCUGAGCUUCGACAAGCACUGCAACAGGAAGCUGCCCAAGUACUGGCCCGUCAUUCCCCUCAAGUUCUGAGCCAGCCUCACCCCCUUCCUUUCGAAUACCCUCCUUCAUCUCUGUUUCUGCACGUUCUCAGGGAAAGGAGACAUCGGGCCGUGUCCAAGCAUGUUCACCGAGGUCCCCAUGAGCCGUCACCAGAUGGCUGUAACCCUGUGGAAAUCAGCAAAAGUGAUACUUUUAUCCAACAGGGAUUUUGGACAUUGUCAGUAGUAGUGCUCCACUCAUUAAAGGUCUUGCCCAGAGGGGAAAAAAAUUUUUUUUAUUAAUUUUAAUUUUUCCACCAAUAAACUUAUCCUUUAAAUCCAAUUCUAUAAACUUUUUGAAAUAACCUCAAAGUAUAACAGAUGGAAAGGGAAAAUAGAGAUACACUGUUUUCUUAUAUGUGAAUUUUCUUGUAUGUGAAAUGAUAUAAUAACUCACCUUAAGACUGAUAAAGGAAAGACACGUUGCAAACCCUGAAGCAUCAACCAAAAUAAAUAACCAAAUAUGUAAGUUGUAGACAUUAAAAUGUAUAGCUAACAAAGUAAUAGCAGAGAUAAAAUGGAAUAAAGGAAAACACUAACUUCAGAAGGUGAAAGGAUAAAAAAAUGGAACAAAGAGCAGAUCAAAUAGCAUGGCAGUAGAUCUAAAACCAACUAUGUUCAUAACCGCAUUAAAUAUAAUGAGAAGAAAUAUGAAAAUGAAAAGGCAGAUUAUCAUGCUAUACUAAAAGCAAUACCUUAAACUUUUCACUGACUACAAGAACCCAUUUUCAACAUAAAGACACGGGCAAGUUAAAAAUAAGUUAUUAUAAUACAAAAAUCAUAACAAAACUCAGAAGCUAUAAUAUCAGGAAAAGUAGGCUUUGGACAAGAAAUUUUACCAUAGAUAAAGAUGAACAUUUCCUAACAAAAACAAUAGUGAAAACAACAUAAUGAUUUAAAUCUAUAGCUAUAUAAUAACACAGCUUCAAAAUAUGUAACACAAAAACUGAAUGAAAACUGAAAGGAAAAGUAGCCUAUAGAUAAAUUCUUAGGUUACAAUACUCCUUUUUCAGUAAUUGAUAAGAAAAAGUCAUUAGUAAACACUAAGAAUAUAGAAAUCUUUGUCAGUACUGUUAAUCAAUUUAAAAUAAUUGAUAUUUUGUAAAACUCUAUACCCAACCAAAGCAGAAUAUACUUUCAAGUACCUAUGAAAAAUUCAUCAAGACAGGUCAUAGACUGAGUUAUGUUCUCUAAUCACAACAGAAUUAGAUUACAAAUCCAUUUUUUAAAUAACUACCUACAUUCUGGGCGGCAGCCAGCAAUGGUUUAAGUGACUGGGUCCCUGCCACCCAUGUUAGAGAUGUGAAUUGAGUUCCAGGCUCCUGGCUUCCUGCUGGUCCAGCCCCAGCUGUUUUAAAUAUUCAGGGAGUAACCAGGAGAUGAGAGAUUCUCUCUCUCUCUCUCUCUCUCUCUUUCUCUCUCUGUGUGUGUGUGUGUGUGUGUGUGUAUGAAAAGGCAGAUUAUCAUGCUGUACUAAAAGCAAUACCUUAAACUUUUCACUGACUACAAGAACCCAUUUUCAACAUAAAGACACGGGUAAGUUAAAAAUGUUAUUAUAAUACAGAAAUCAUAACAAAACUACAGAAGCUAUAAUAUCAGAAAAAGUAGGCUUUGGAGAAGAAAUUUUACCAUAGAUAAAGAUGAACAUUUCCUAACAAAAAAAAUAGUGAAAAUAACACUCUGUGUGUGUGUGUAUGUGUGCACACACAUUUAUAUCUGCUUUCCAAAUUAAAUAAUUAUAAAAACAGCAGGUUUUAUAUAAGUAUAUAUAUUUAUAUAGCUAUAAAUAUGUAACUAUAUCUGCCUUCCAAAUUAAAUGACUAUAAGAGCACAGGUCUGCAGAUUAGAAAUCUGAAAGCAUGAUGUUGGCAGGAAAGGCUCUAGGAAGGAUGUGUUCCAUGCCCCUCUCCUAGGUUCUCAUGGUCCCUGGCAGGCCCUGCUGUUUGCAGGUGUGUGUAUACAUUGCUGCAAUUUCUGCCUCCACUGUCACAUGGUAUUCCCCUCUUUGCACAUACCUGAACAUAUCUACAUUGCCUUCUUUUAAGGAUGUCAGUCGUUGAACUUAGCACCAAAAGAAAUACAGGCUGACUUCAUUUCCAAAUAAAGUCACCUUCACAGGUACUGGGAGAAAGGACUUGGACAAAUCUUUUUGAGGACACAAUUCAACACAUGACAGAUGCCAAAUAUCAGGUAGUUGCAAAUUAAAAUUAUAGUGAGAAUACCUACUAGGAUGGCUAAAGUUAACCCCCCCAACACACAUACACACAAAAACACCUCCAGCAACUCUUGACAACAAUUCUUGUGCACUGGUGGUGGGGAGUGUAAAAAUGGUACAAUCACUUUGACUAACAGCCAAUGUCUUAUAAAUUUAAACAUCAUCCCAUGUCCAAGCAGUUCCACUCCUAGAUAUUUACCUAAGAGAAAUGAAAGCCUACAUCCAUACAAACACCUUCACAUGAAUGUUCAUAGCAGCUAUCCUUAAAAUAAUUCAAAUUGGAAUCUACUCAAAUGUCUGUUAACAUGUGUCUUAGUCUGUUUUGUGCUACUAUAACAAAAUACUUGAGACUGGGGUAAUUCAUAAUGGAAGGAAAUAUUUUUCACAGUUCGAGAGGCUAGGAAGACCAAGAACAACACGUUGGCAUCUGAUGAUGGCCCUCUUGCUGCCUCAUCCCGUGGCAGAAGGCAGGAGGGCAUGAAAGGGUGAAAGAAAGAAGUGCAAAAGGGAGCCAAACUCAUCUUCUUCAUAGGAACCCACUCCCAUGAUAAUGGAAUUAAUCCAUUCAUGAAUUCACAACCCUCAUGGCCCAGACACCUCUCUUGACAUUGUUGUAUUGAGACUUAAAUUUCUAAUACAUGCUUUUUGGGGGACAUAAUCAAAUGAUAGCAACAAGCAAAUUGCACCAAAUUGUCGUAAAUCCAUACAAGAGAAUAACAGUAAUAAAAAGAGGAAUGAAGCAUUGACACAGGUAUACUUAGAAGAAUCUCAGGAUUAGCAUGGGAGUGCAAGAGACCAAAACUAUACAUUACCGACAGUAUGUACACUCAGGAGAUUUAUGUUAAUUUCUGGAAUAAGGAAAAUUAAUCUAUAAUGAUAGGAAGAUUAUUGGUUGUCUGUGGGUAGGAGAUAGAGAUUCACAAUCUUUGGAGAUUGAUAGAAUUAUUCUCUGUCUUGACUGGUGUAAGCAUUUGACAAAACAUAAUGAAAAGAAUGCUUAGAAUAGGUUCAUUGUUUAAAAGGUUUAUUUAUUUAUUUGAAAGGCAAAGUUACAGAGAAUGGGGAAGAGACAAAGAUCUUUCAUUUACUGGUUCACUCUCCAAAUGGCCACAAUGGCCCUAGGGCUGGGCCAGGCCAAAGCCAGGAGCCAGGAACUUUAUCCAGAUAUUCUACGUGGGUGCAGGGACUCAAGCCCUCAUCUCUUUCUGCCGCUUUCCCAGGCACACUAGCAGGGAGCUGGAUUGGAAGUGGAGAAGCCAGGAUUAGAACCGGUAUGUAUAUUGGAAGCUGGGGACAGAGGCUUAACCUGCUGUGCCACAGUGUUGGUUCAUUUUAUAUCAUGUGAUUUAUGCAUCAGUAAGCUGAUUUUUAAAAUAUACCCAUCUACUACAGGAGUCAACCCCCUUUGGGGGAACUACUUUUCUGUAACACACAUGUAAGUCAGGCAGUUAAUGAGAAGAAAAUAGAAUACCUGCUAACAUCCCAUGCCCACUCCCACCAUAAAUAGCCAAUUAGGGCACUUUGCUGUUGGGGACUGUUAGGACCUGUGAUGUAGUGUUAAUUCUUGUAUUUAUUCAGUGGUUACUAAUCUAUUUCACACAUAUAGGCCAGUCACACCACUUUCUGAAUUUUGCUGGUCUUGUAGCUUUUAUAAAUUACAAAGUCCUAAUGUAAAUUUGAUGGUAGUGAAGUAGGAAGAACCGGUGGACUUCAGUACAAAGCAGCUCCUGUCUUAAAUUCCAGGUCUGCCCGUGACUGAUUGUGUGACAUUUGCUCCUUUCACUAAAAACAAAAAGAUCUUUGGGGUAAUUGCGAUGUGUCAUGCAUUUCCCCAGACACCAGGGAUGUGUGUUGAGGCCACAUCCCUGACGCGUGGGGUUGACAGUCUCAUGCUUCAACUUACUUCCAUCCUGCAAGUUUCUGGGUUUUGCCAUCUGUAAAAUGGGAGGGUAGCCAUCUUUGUAGGUUGUGCUGAUUAAAUGAGAUCAUGGGUAAUGUGCUCAAUCUGUGUUGACAAUGAAAUAAGAGAGCCUGCUUCUCCUGCCACACCAUCUGAGCAUGCCAACACCCUUGCUGCCCUCUUUCCUCUCCGGUCCUUCUCCCAGCAUGCAUUUGACUUCAGUCUCCUUCUAUAAAACACUAUGGUGCCAAUAUUUACUUAUUUUCUCAACUAAAAAAAAGUUUUCUGCAUUUCUGAAUGAAUUCAUUUUACCAUUUUCCUGCUUAAACUAUCUUAUUAUUGAACUUAUAUUGGAUAGUACAUUAAUGUUGUUCCUGGACUGAUCUGGGGUUAUUCUUAAUUAAGUGGGUAAUGUAUUAUGGUAACUUAUUCAUAUUUGAAUGGCAUUUUAUCUUCACCAAGACUUUUGUAAUGUAUUAUCUCAUUUAAUUAUCUCAGCAAUCUUGUGAGGUCAAGAAAGGGAUUCUGUGUACUGCACAAGGCUUUCCUGGGGUAAAAGUGUAUUCAGAUCAGAGCUAGACCUUGAUCCUGCUUUGGCUGAGCUCAAUUCAGUGUUUUUUUGUCUGGGUAUUCAACCAAAUUUUUUGAGUACCGAAUGUACACUGGACAUACAUAAUGCAGUGCUGCCCUUGAGAAGCUCUUUGUCAGUGGGGGAAUCAGAUCUGCAACUGUAGAACAGUGAUUGUAACCCAUAUGCUGAAGGGCAAGGCAGAGACAAGGACAUGGGAGAGAGAGUCCUCAAAAAGCAGCAAAACAUCAGCCUUGCAGCAUAGGAGAAAGAGAACUAGGAGGCUCCAGGAGGCAAUUUGAAGCCUAGGUUGUGACUUCUCCAUAUGAAUGAGGAAGGGAAAGGCCAUCCUAAAACACCCCCAAAACAAGAACCCUUGGGAGUUUAUGGUUCACCUCUAUUCUUCUUAUGACUGAUGGACUCUUUACUUGGACAGAAAGGAGGGGAGAUAAUCAGAGAGAAGAGGCACAACCCAGACACUCACCAAUGGGGCUUGUUUUCUGGAACAGUUUCUUAGGCCCUGUCCCUCAGCUCCCUCUGAGCUCUGCCCGGGCUGAAGGAGGCUGUGAGGAAUGGAGUGAUGUUUGUCAGGAAUUGCUUCCUGGAACCAGCUGCCAGUGAAGAAUCUAAUCUCCUUGGAAUAUUCCUAUGCUCCCUUAGUGUUUGAGGAGCUUUUCUUAGUAGGGACAACACAAAGGAAGCAGCUGUUGAAAGAGAUGUUGUUGAUCUUCACAAGGGAUAGGAAAGGUCAGAAUCAUUCCAAGUGUUCCAUGAAAGGCUACUGGGGCUUGCCUUUUUGGUAAAUUGGGGCAGGAGAGGACAGGAGAAUGUGAGGUCUCUUGCCCAUUCCACAGCCCUUUGACGUUUUUUGCUAUCAGUUCCCCAUUUCAUAAAAGAAGCUGGUUUCAUAUCUAGAAUUCUUUCAUCCAUUCAUUCCCUUAAGAGCAGAAGAGCAUGUGCCACACAGCAGCCCCUCUGUUGGGUGUCCAGGAUAUAAGGAUACAAAUAUGACUCAUAAACAAGGAAAAUGCAGAUCCCUAUAGAAGCCUCUGUGGAGUAUGGGGCUAGAGGCAGGCAUUCAGUUCAGCAGUUAAGGAAGUCCAUAUCCCAUAUCAGAGUGCCCAAGUUCAAGCCCUGCCUCCCCUUCUGAUCCAGCUUUCUACUAAUGCAUACCUGGGGAGACAGAAUGUGAUGGGUAAAAUAGUUGGGUUCCUGCCACCUAUGUGGGAAACCUUGAUCAAGUUCCAGGAUCCUGCCUGUGGCUUGGCCCAGCCCCAGAUGUUGCAGGCAUUUGGGAAGUGAAGCAGCAGAUGGGAGAUCUCUCUCUCUCUCUUUUUUUUUUCUUUCUGUCUGCCUUUCAAUCAAAAAUAUUUUUAAAAAUUUAAAGAAAGAAAACAGGUCCAUUAUAUAGAGGGUUGUUGGGUGUCUGUAGGGCAACAUGGUUCCAGGUAAAGGGAAACAAGUCACCCUGGAGGAAAUAGCCAGGAAUUGCAUGGAAAAGUGCUAAAAAGAAUCUUAGCCAAUGGUCUGUCCAAAGAGCAACUGGGCAGGAGAAGAGAAUGACCUAGUAGAGUGUUUAAAUUCUUUUGUUGUGACAGUUGAUAUAAAGAAUCCCUUCCACGACCCCUAUAUCAAGUAAAAUCUAUAUCCUCAUGAAUAUUUGGUGGACUGGAUUAUCCUAGGAAAUAAAGGGAGACAUGCAGAGUUCUGCUUCAGAAAUUGAAAAUGGAUACAGAAAAAAAUGAGAUUGAAUAUGGGUUUUAAAUAAUAUAUAUUACAGGCAUGCCUCUAUACCCACCUAACAAACUGUGCCCUAUAUAUAUGACUGUGUGCACACAUAUAAAUGUUUAUGUAAUAACUGUUGCCUCUUGGUAUCUGUGGAGAACUGGUUCCAGGACCCUAGGGAUACCAGAGUCUGUAGAUGCUGAUAUCCCUUAUAUUAAAUGGUAUAAUAUUUGCAUGUAACCUACACACAUCCCACCAUAUACUUUAAAUCAUCUCUAGAUUACUUAUAAUACCUAAUUCAAUGCAAAUGCUGUGCUAACAGUUGUUAUACUGUUAUUUAGAGAAUGAUGACAAGAAAAACAGUCUGUAUAUAUUCAGUACCAACAUAGUGUUUUUCCAAAUAUUUUUGAUCCACGGUUGGUUGAAUUUUUGGAUGCGGAACCCAUGGAUAUAGAGGGCUAACUAUAUAGGUAUAUAGGUAGAUCCACCUGCAAAAGCUUCUUGGGGAAUAAAAAAGCAUGCUGUAGCAUGUUAUUUGUAGACUGUGCCCUUAGAAUAAUAACAACUAACACUUCAAUCUUGCCAUAUCCCAGGUCAUUUCCUAAGUACCUUAAGUAUGAAACAUCUUCUUUACAGCAGCUUCACGAGGCAGAUACUAUCACCAUUUUGUAGAAAGGGAAUCUGAGAUGCAGAGACAUUAAGCUGCUUGCCCAACAGCACACAAUAAACAAUAAACCUGAGAUCUGAAUCCAGGGAGGCUGGGUUUUGCAGCUAGACUUUCAUGCACUCACUAUACCUUAUUACAUAAGGUAUGACAUGAUUUGUUUUUAAUGUUUGUGUAAGGAUCUGAAUCUUUCUGAGAGCGUAGGAUAUUGACGUUAGGCAGUCAGAUGGGGAAAAUGAGAACUUCUGUCCUCCACACUGGCCUCAGAUGCUUUACUGUUUGAAUUCAAUUGUGAAUCUUGAACAAGACUCGCUCAUUUGAUUCUUUCAUUCAAUAACUAUUUAUUGGCUAGCUAUUCUACGCUGGUUACUUUUGGGGGUGUUGGAGAAAAAGCCAUCAGUAACAUGGGCAAAAUCCCAGUUAUUACAGACUUUGCAUUCUAGUAGGUGGGACAGUAGAAGAGUAAGUUUAUGCAGUGUCCAGUGAUGAUUAACUGCUAUACAGAUAAGUGACAUGGUGCGAGGAGGGGUGAGUUUCUGUGGUACACAGAGUGAUCAAAGGAAGCCUGUUGACAAGAUGACAGUUGAACAGGUGGUGUAAUAAGAAAUACAUAUUUGACCCUUAUCUUUAUUCCUAACAUAGAGUUCCUAAAAUCCUUAGAAUUUCCUGACAGAAGUGAAAAUAGCAUCUUCCACUAUUCAUAGAAUACCUCUUUCAACUGUAUCUGAUUUAUGCUAUUGAUGAACAUGCAGACAGCUUUAGUAAGCUUUAGCAAGGUCACAGUCAUAUGACCAGAAGGUUACAACAUUUAGCACAGCCUUCCGCCUCUGAAGAGGAGUCACCUGAGUCAGUCACCAAUGACCAGUGAUUUAAUCCAUCACACCUGGGUAAUCCUCUGUGAAGCCCUCCAAGUGAUGGAGUUAGGGGAGCUUCUGGACUGGUGAACACAUUGAGCGGCACUUGUCGGGGUCUCAAGUCCGAGGCUGGCCCCUGGCCAGCAGGGGCCAGUACAGACCCUCCCCAACAAGGCGAACAGGAGAAGUAAGGUCGACAGGUGAUGAACACACUACAACACCCGUGAGUUCUGUCAAAGCAGGAACUGCUUUAUUGAGGAAGCUUUAUUAUAAAGCUUAUGAAGGACAUGCACAGUAGGGGAGCCAAUCAGAGAAAAAGUCACGCAGGCACGGGUGGGCCACGCACAGGGGCACCUUAAGUAAAGUAUAGGGAUCACGCACUGUCCACGUGCCCGGAACUAAAGUGGACCUAUCCCUGCUGGUGGUCUGAUCUUACUUAGCUUAACCGCAGCAGCCGCAGACAUGCCCCUCGAACAUCGGCCAGGCGCCAUAUUGUAAUGGAGAUUUUAGGCAAUGCCCAACGGGCAGUCCGAGAGGACGUGGGAGAUCCAGGCCCCUCCCCAAACCGUGCCCUUAUAUCUUCUUCCAUUUGACUGUUCUAAGUAGUAUCCUUAAAAAUAAACUUGUAGCAAUCAAUCUGGUGCCUUUCUGAGUUCCAUGGGAAAUUAUGGAACUUGAGAAGCUGGCGUGAGAAUUCCAGAUAUACAUCAACAUUGGGCACAGUGUGCUUAACCUGGGGAUUUGAUAGCUUAUGACUGGCAUCUGAAGUGAGGGGCAGUCUUACAAGACUGAGCCAUGGAACCUGUGAACUCUGAUCUUAAUUCCAGGUAGUUGGUGUAUAAACUGAAUUGAAUUGUAGGACACCUGGUUGGGGUCUGAAUGGCUAGUGCAUCAGUUGGUAUGAGGCAAAUAGCCACAUAUUUGAUGUCAUAAGUGCUGAGAGGAGAAACGGCUCAAACAGCAAACAGAAGGAAGCAAAGGAGUAAGCACGCAGGAGUCAGAAGUACCAAAGCAGUGGAAACAGCAAGAAUGAAAGCCUUGAAGUUCAACUGUGCAUGGCCUGUCUGAGGAACAGGGGCAGACCAGCAUGCCUAGGAAAGCAGGUUGGGCUGGAAACAGAGAAAUUAAAUUAUGCAUGAGAAGUUAGUGGAGACUCUGAGUUAAGAGACAGUGGUGGAGGUCUGGGCAAGGAAUGGAAGAAUAGCCUUCUCUGCCUUUUGGUUUUGCAAAACUGCUUUGCCUGCUGGGUGAAAAAUCAGCUGUAGGUAAACAAGAUUGGUCACAGGGGAGGACAUUGGGUAAUGACCGCAGCACUGCAGGCAGGAGACAGUGGGGGUGGGGUGAGAGGUGAUGAGAAGUGGUUGGACUAUAUUUUGAAGACAGAGGUGACUGCAUUUGGGAAUUGGCACCCUAUGGAUGUUAUUCAAGCCAGAAAGCUAAGUGUCUAAGUGAUGUCACCCAAGGAGUGAGUCUUGGUAGAGAAGGGACAAUGCUUGAGGAUGAAGACUUGAGAGAGUCCAGUGUUCAGAGGUUGGGGAGAUGGGAGGAUUCAGCAAAUGAGACUGAGAAGGAACAGCCGAGGAAAAAUGAAAGCCAAGAGAGCAGAGAGUUCUGGAAGUCCCGUGAGGGAUGUGCUUCAUGGAGGAGAGCUGCCCACUGGGCUGUGUGAUGCUGGCAGUAAGGAUGAGGACUGACCAUUGCACUGAGCAACAUUGAGGUCACCGGUGACCUUGAUGAAUGCUGCUUCCGUGUGGUGGAGGGGCAAAGUGUGAUUGGAGAGAGUUUAAGAGAAAAUUGAUUUACCCUUGGAUGUGCUUUCACAUGAGGCUGUCAUCACAGUGGAAAUGGAAUCUGUUUUCACACCCCUCAGAGGCCUGAGUCUUGUCCCUACAAGACCAAAGCUCAAAGGCCCACUGCUUGAGACGCAGCAAAUAAGAAAGUGAAACCUUUGAACUUGGGAAUGGUAUUAAAGUUGUCAUCUGCAGCUUGAAAUAUUGGAGUCACAGAUCUUGCUCCAGGAAAUAAAAUGGACCAGUUUCUAGGCUGCUUAUGGUCCUCUGCCUAAGAUGACAGCUCCAGAAUCCCCUUUAUGUAUUUACCAGGAGUGUGUCCCUAAGGCUUCACUUAACAAGAAAAUAGAGUGUGCUAAAGGUCUGUAAUCCCAGGGAAAAAAAUUCUCCCUUUCUCCUCCCUUUCUCUGAUCAAAAUUUCUUUGGGGAUAUGUAUUUGGCAUACGGAUUAAGGUGUUGCUUGGGAUACUGGCAUCACAUUAUUGGAAUGUCUGGGUUUGAAUGCCAGCUGUGUUGUGAUUCCAGAUUUCUUCUGUUGCACACCCUAAAAGGCAACAGAUGAUGGGUCACGCACUUCCAUACCUGCCACAUUAAGUGGGAGACUAGAUGAAAUUCUUGGGUCCUGGAUUUGGCCUGGCCCAGCCCUAGCUGUUACAGGCAUUUGGGAGAAUGAACCAGUAGAUGGAAGAAAUCGCGUACUCGCUCUCUCUCUCUCUCUCACACACACACACACACAUGCACACACAUUCACAAUCUCUCUCUCUCUCUCUCUCUCUCUCUCUUGGAAAUGAAAUAAAAAUAAGUAACUUUUGUUUUUUAUAAAAAGAGUUAAAAAGCUCAGAACUGAGUAGUAGAAUGACAACUAAGACCUAUAUUCCUGGUCUCUCUGGAACUGAGAGUGAUUUCUUCUUAGUAAUCUGAGAUUGUUGGCUUUCUUUGAGUUCUUAGAUCAGUUAGUGAAAUCCCAGGUACCCAUGACUGUUUUUCUGCCCUUGGCCAAGGUAAUUAACUUCUCUGUGCUUUGACUUCCCAGCUGAAAGCAGAAUAUCAUUAUUGAACAUGUUGGGCAACAAAUUGUGAUAGUCUUAAGAGUGUUUACUGCUACUUACCUAUUUACUUGCACAAUAAAUGGCUGCUAUUUGUAGUUAUCUGGCAGAAUCUACUUAAUUAAGAUUUUACUAUACAAAAAUAGAGGUUCUUUUAACUCAGGGAUUUAUGGAAUCAACAAAGACGUUACACAGAAACUGAACAUGCACUCAAGAAUGAAGCUGAUGGUAACUGUGCAUUGUCAUACUGAGGAUUCUGAAAGCAACUCAGAAUCCCCCACCCUCCUCCAUUUGGCCCCUGUGGUUAGGAGAGCCGUUUCUGUUAGUGUGAUCUGUGUCUCUCCCCCGGGUUCUGCUGAUUGCCUCCCCUUGUCUCACAUUGCUGUUUUCCAGUAUGCGUCCUGGUGCUGGUCACUUUCUCUGGGCUCUUUGUGCUAAAGUCUGUGAAGUUAUGACAUUAGUAGGUACACCAUUGAGUGCUAAAGAGGCCUGAGUCCCUCCAGUGGGGUCUGCUGAAGUACUGGCUGCAUAGCUACACAGGAGGUAGCCUGUUCUCCUUUCUUUUUAAAAUUUUAUUUAUUGAUUGAUUGAUUGAUUGAU